AUUUCCCAGAAUUCCUCUGACGCUAUCUACGCACGUUCUAAAACCUGAGCGACUUUUCCAGCGCUACUUACUUUUUCCAGAAUAGCUAGCUAACGUCCGCCUAACCAAGCCUCCUUUUCAAGCAGUGCACGCCACAGGGAGCCUUCAUACUGGGAUUUUGAAUGCGUGGAAGUGGUGAUAUCUUCGGUUAGUAAAGAUUUAAACACGCAGAGUCCGGUGCUGCGUGGAAACUAACUCGUUGGUAAUAUACCCGGCGGUAACGAUGUGAAGUGACUUGCUAGCCAAACAUCAUUGACAACAACAAACAAGAAGGGGCAGGGCAGCAACUUAGGUCAGUCUGAACGCUUCUGUUUCAGGUCAGCCGAGGCAAAGUUGUAAAUCAGCACAGGGAUAAAGCUGUGGCUGCGUGUUACCGAGUCACUAUGAUGUUACAAUCGUGUAGUUAUGAAGCGAUGGGAUUGUAGCUAGCUCGCUAACCUGACAGCUGUCCUCGUGUAAACCAAACAUAGACACACACACACACUUAAAUAUAUUUAACUUCUGCGUCAUGUAGGCUUGAAAUAAGGGCUGAUUAGCUCUCUGAUAGCUACCACUGACCUGACUCUAGACAGUAUUUGUAUGUAGUUAUCCAUCUCUCUUCACCAUGCAUCACUCUGCUCCCACAAACACUGAACUGGGGUUUCUGCCAGCCAUGUAUUCAUUCUCAGGGCCCACGAGCCUCCCUGAAUUUGACCUCGGACCCCCCAACACGUCCAGCAAUCUACGGAGAGCAACACUAUCCAACAGGCAAGUAGCUUCAUUCAUAACAGAGUGGGGUAAGUUGAGCCAAAGGGUAAGUUGAACCACCCCCUGUUGCUUGGAAAUGGUCAAAGAAAUUGAUCAUGUGACCAAAUAUUUAGGAGAUGGGCAUCAAUUCAUGGAGUCUGUGAAGGUUAGAAGCACAUGGGUGAAGGGGUUAGACAUUUAUUUACAAAAACAAAAACAUUUUUUACUCUUGAAAGUGAAUUUAGUCUGUCGUAAGUUUUAUUAGAAUUGUGUUCAGACCAAAAAAGAUCAAUUGUGGUAUUAAUGAGCUACAACAUCAUGUCAAAAACCUAAAAUAAAAGUCCACCAUUUUAGCUUAGAGGACUAUUAAAGUCAUCAUAGUAGUUCAGGGUUAAGUUUUGUCUUAAUGGUCUUGAGCCUUCUUAUCUUUCAGAAAUGCUUUUACCUUAUGAACCUUCACAGACCCUGUGCUCCUCUGGCAGCAGGCACCUAGUCAUAUCAAAAGUCAGGACACACUCAUGGUGAGGCGUCUUUUCAAUAUUACAGCCCUCGUCUAUGGAACAGCCUGCCGGAGGACCUCAGAGCUGCAGAGAACGUUCAUGUUAUUAAGAGCAGACUCAAGACCCACCUUUUUAGCUUAGCUUUUAAUUGAUAUUUAUUUUUUUUGUCUUCAUUUAUUCUAGUUAGCCUAGGUUUAUACUAGGUCUGUGUUUUAGUUUUUACUUGUUUUUAUCCUUUUAUCAUUUUUAGGACCCCAGUGUUUCCUCUGACGGAGCCCUCAGCACCAGGAGCGGUGGUCGUUUGUGGUCCCUGUGUCUGUGUCCUGUAGCUGCGGGCGACUCUCUGCUCCUGGUGCUGAUGGCUCCUCUGAUGGCGCCUUCUCAACUGGCUCAUCUGCACUCAGACUUGACUGUAAAGCACUUUGAGUCACAUUCCUGUAGGAAAAGUGCUGAAUAAAUAAAGUUUGAUUGAUUGAUUGAUUGAAGUUGAGCCAGUGGAUUAACUGAAAAGUAAAGGAGUCUGAUGAGAGGAUACGGCUCAACUUACUCCACUCCUAUGGCCAAGUUACCCCAUACACGGGGUGAGUUGACCAUAGGAGACCACUUUUUUUUGGGGCAUGCUAUAUUAUCAAGACAGUUCUGUUUACACUCAUUCUGUUGGUUUGCAGGGAUGAACAACAUCUUGAAAUAUAUGCAGAUACACUAGUUAAAGACAAAACUAGGAUUGACUUGAUGUAGUGAUCCAAAAUAUGAAAAAUGGCUCAUCUUACCCCACUCUCCCCUCUGUCUUUGUUAUGACCACUUGUGUUUUCCUCACUCUACAGCUGGGAGACAAGAUGCCUCAGAAAGCACAGGAGGAGAAGUGAUGAUGAGUAAGUAAAAGUAAGACUUGCAUAAUAUUCGUCAAUAUCUGAAAACGUCAAAUGUAAACAGAGAAAUCUUGAAUGUUUUCUCAGGGGUUGUAGUGCAAAACGGAGGAGAUUAAUGUGUGAGGCAGAGGUGGCUAUUCCAGACAACUCGGACAAUCAGCACGACUGGCCUGCAGUCAACAGCUGCCCUCCUACGUCUACACAGCAAGCCAGCCCCACACCUCCACAGCCCUGCCCAGCACCUCAGAAUUUAACUCUGGCACCGUCUGACACCACCCUGACCCGAUCUGAGGCAGAGAGCUCCUGCAUGGAGAUAGAGGCAGCUCAGAGGAAACUUCAGGAGAUCGAGGACAGGUGUGUAACGAGAAGAAUAUGCAAAAUAAUAAUUAUGAAUCCUGCCAACUGACGGCUUGUCUGUUCAAAAAACAGUUUAAUCACACAGUCAUCCUAUCACCACAAUCCAGUAUCUACUUGAUGAAACAAUGAGAGAAGAAUGAAAAUGUAUCCUGUAAGAUUUAGAGCUUGUUUAUGAAUAUAGGAGGCAACAGCAUGCAGGGAAAUCAUUGCUUUCACUUGAAUUUAGAUAGAAAAGAAACAUAAAAACUGCUGCUGGAAUAACAAAGUGCUACUAAAUGUUUAAAUGGAUACAGAGUUUACUUUAAAGUGUAGAGAGAGAGAUGGAAGCACUUAUAUUUGUGACACGACUCCAAAGUGUCUUCCAUUAGGCGGACUAUUACAGUUUUAAAAUAACCAGGCAAAGAGGCUCUUAUUCUCUGAGGGGUUAUCAGUGAAGCAUCUCCUUCCUCAUGAUGAGCUAUAUAAAGCACAGAAGUGUUAUUUCGUGGUUUUGUCCUUUUUCCGGUGAAAUAUUUAUCAUACUGAAGCGACUGUAAUUUAGUGUUUGAUAUUCACGACAUGUCUUACCUUUUUGAUGAUCGUAAACCAAACUUUGCUCAGGAAAUGUGGCUGAUGGUUUGUUUUUUUGGUGUAAAUAAUGUGGAUUCAUCUGGUCUAGAUAUUGUGUUACAUAACUCCUGACUGUUUGUUUGAGAGCUUGUUUCAGUUGAUCUGUUAAGUCACUCAUGAACUCACGAGUGGAUAUUAUGAUAUUGGUGUGUCGCAGAAUUACACUGGAGGAUGACGAUGAGGAUGAAGAUCUGGAUGUAGAGCCAGCCCCCAGACGGCCAGUGCUGGUGAUCUCUGACAGUCUGAAGGAGGGUCUGCAGCGGGGCAUCAGCGACAUCCUGCCCCACACAGUCGCCCAGUCUGUGUAUGUUCUCGAAUCAGAGUCUGGGCAGCUCUACUGUCUGUCUCUCAUGUGUUUGCAAACUUCUUUCUUCCUCAUCUUCCUCCUCAGAAUGAAAAUGAUAAAACUUUGCACAAUCAAAAAUACAUUUAGAGCUCAUCGAUCCAAUGGAGGUGCGAGAAAAAUACUUCUACUCAUAAAAAAAUCGGUUUUCAACUUUGCAACCACAUAUAAAACAGUUAAGAUGGACCAAUCAGGGAUAAGCGUGUACAAUACUGUGUUCUCAAAAGAAAGGAGAAAAACAGUAACAUCCUCUGUGGAUUUUUCUUAAUCUACUCCACCUGUGCCAAAGUCCAUCUCCAGACCAAUCCCUCCAGAGUUAAAUUCAUCUUUGGAUCUAUCUUACCAGAAAUUUGUCUUCCUCAAAAACUUUUUAACACUUUCAUGAAGUGACAAAUUAGUGCAGAAAUAACCCAUUUCUUAUGGUGUUGGAGUACACAGUUUUCUGAACCUUUUCUAAUGAAUGAAUUAAUAUCUGAAGUUGUGAAAUCUUCCUCCAGUUCUUUGUAUGUCACUCACCAGAUUUAAGUUUAUAUUUUUUCCUGACUCUUCUCCUUUUCUUUAGGAGUCAUUCCUGUAUGGAGUUGGUUUUGUGGCGGCCGCUGGAUGAUCCCUUCUGUCAGAAAAAAAAGGUCUCACUGCCAAAGCAGCGUAAACAGCAGACGCUUCCUCGGCAGCCCCUGACUCCGUGUCCAUCUCCCACCCCUCACUGUUGCGUCAGCUCCUCCAGUUCACCUGCAGACACACCUGCAGAGACACACUCUCCAGUAUACAGCUUUUCUGUGGUCCACAACUCUGGUGAGGAAGACAUGGAGAUGUGAAGAUGCUCUCUGACUAAAAAAAGCCAAAGUGAGGACUCGACAUGUCGGCACAAUAGAAUGAAGAGACUCUAAAAGGAGUCUGAACCGUCUGAAUGCUUCAGUUCAGCAUGUUUGCUGUUCUAUCAAACAUUGUGCUGUUUUAAGGUUAAUUUCAAACACUGCUUCUGCUUCACAGUUACUCGGUUUAGGUGUUUUGAAAAUUAAUCCCCAUGUAGCUAUCUGUUAAGUGAACGACAUGAUUUAAUCAGUCAGUUGUUUUUUAUAUUCAGAUUCCAAGUUAAUGAUCUGUGAUGAGUUUGAGAAGCUCUGUAGACGGCAUUGCAAAAGUUAAUUUAACACAAGUAUUAGCAUUAAAUGUUGAUCUUUAAAGUUUGUACAUAGUUUUUGUAAAAGCUUAGCCAACAACAGGCUGAUGUUCUGUAAAUAUUUUGUUAAACAUCAGAGUGAAGAAUCAGAGUUUUUGUACAGUUUUUAUGUUCUGCUCUUUCAGCAUCUUUAAAAACUUGCUUCGUAUUGCUGGCAGCAUGACUUCCUGCUUGCGGUUGUACUUGUUGUGUUAGAAAGAAUAUCUUCCAAUGAGGCAAAGCAAGUAUCUGUGAGCUUUGAGGAAUUUGCAAAGAAGUCAAAAAAAUACAUUUUUUUGUGAUAUGAUUGUAUUUUCAUAUGCACAUUGCCAGAGUUUGAAACAGCCAUCGAGUGUUAUUACUUUUUGUUUCUAAAUAAACUCUAAUAUUGUCCUUGGAGAUUGUAGUUGAAUGAACC